GUCAUCUUCAAGUUGAUACGAAUAUAAAUGCUUGGUAAACCCCUAUUGUCUUGCAACGAAGUUCUGUCUUUGCUCCUCCACAAUGGCUACCAAGUUCAAUGCUUUGGAUGAAGAUAGCAAGCCCGUCUCCAGAUUCAACUUACCUCCCUCAUAUGAUGCAAUUCCUUCGUCCGUAUCAGCAGAUUCCACCUGGUUCGGGCGAUCGGUAUUUCCCUUUUUUCACUCCAAGCAAGAAUGUCUAUCUCGCAUCCGUGCAAUUGUUUCCUCUCCAGAUUUCACCUCGUCCUCGGUCGCUCAAACUGUCAGCGCCUGCGCCGACACUCUCCCACCAGCAGAGUUUUCCAAACUCCUUCAAAAACACAAUAUUGAGCAACACACGCCUCUGUAUUGGGCAAUUGUGAAUAAUCAGCGAGAAGCCUUUUGGGCAUUGACUAAAUUCAUUUCCAAAUUCUCUCCUGCUUGUUCUGCCGACUUACGUCUUGCGUGCAUGACGGCUAGCGACCAUGCAUUGUUCGCGCAGCUGAAUUUGGGUCACACAGUUAAUCCCGAGGAUCAGUCUUUAAGAUGCUUUUUGGGUUGUCCGCCAGAUGAGAGUGAGGUGGAAGGACUAGGCAAUAACAUCUUCGUUGGUUGUCUCCGCUUCAGGAUGUUUCAGAAACGCCUUCGCAUUACACAGAAAUUAGGCGUAGAAUUUAUUGCCGGGAGCCGUAUAUGGGUGAUGAGCUUUUAUCUGGGACCGGAAGGGAGGUGGCGCGUUAAACUCUCGCUUUCAGAGCACAGCUUUCCAGCACGACCAGACAUUGUGCUUCAGAUAGAGGCCCACAGAAGGUUGCCCGACUCUCCGAUCCCGGAGGCUCUAAUCGUAAAAUUGAACCAUUCGUCGGACAUGCUUGUACCUAAAGAGCGAGUUUAUUGUUUCCCAUCAUAGGCGUGCUGAAGUUUUUACAUCAUUCCAAUGCGG